AAUCAAUGCUCUCCUCCCCUGAGACUUCACAAGAAUACCAACUGCAAAACACCUAGUUUCUUUCUUUUUCCAAAACAAAUUAACCUUCCUCAUUAUCAAGAAAAGCUCCUUGUCCAGUUCAAGAAACCAACAAAAUCCAUCUCAUUCAAGAUCAAGAUCAAAACCAUGUCAGCUUCAUCUUCAUCAUCCAGGACUGAUAAAAUAGUUCAAAUUCAAUACCCAACGGGCACAGAUGCAUAUAGAAUCUUGGAACAGAUUGGUGGUGGUGCUCGUGCCACAGUACACAAAGCAACAUGUGUCAACAACGACAUCCGGUACUCAGGUUUGGUCUCAAUCAAGAUUAUUGAUCUUGAACAAUAUUCUGCAGCCGAUCUUGAUGGUCUCGGACGUGAAACCAAGGCCAUGUCACUUCAUUCACACCCUAACUUUCUUGGCUCCCUUUGUUCUUUUACCGUGGAUCACCAUCUUUGGCUGGUUAUGCCUUACAUGGCUGCUGGUUCUCUCCAAUCCAUAGUCUCUUCUUUUUUCCCUGAUGGCCUGCUAGAGCCAUGCAUUGCUAUAGUUCUCAAAGAGACCCUAAAGGGGUUGUCUUAUCUUCAUCGUCUAGGCUAUUUGCACACAGAUAUCAAGGCAGGAAACAUUCUUUUAAAUCACACAGAUAAUGGCAGCAUAAAACUUGAAGAUUCUGGCAUGUCGGUCUGGAUUUACGAGUCCCGCAGCAUUGAGAAAUCAUCCUCAUUGUCUUCCUCAUCAAAAAUGAGGUUAACUGAUGUUGCAGGGACCCCAUAUUGGAUGGCGCCAGAGGUUAUACAAGACUCAAACACAGGUUAUAGUUUCAAGUCUGAUAUAUGGUCUUUUGGUGUCACUGCGUUGGAAUUGGCCCAUGGCGGACCUCCUUUCUCCUACCGUCCUCCUUCGAAGUCUUUGAUAUUGAAGAUGAAGAAGAGGUUUGGGUUCUCUGAUUAUGAUUACGAUGAGAAGAGCGAGAAAGAUUUCAAGAACAACCAGUUUUCUCAAGCUUUCAAAGAUAUGGUUGCUUCUUGUCUUGAUCAAGACCCUUCAAGGAGACCUUCUGCUGAUCAGCUGUUGGAGUAUUCUUUCUUCAAGAACUGUGAAGGACUGGACCUUUUGUUCAACGAGUUUUUCCGUGGGUUGCCUAACGUUGAAGAAAGAUUCCAAGAACCGAACGCUUUAAGUGAUGGGACAUCAAGCCAGAUUACUUCUGGUACUGACAUUGACUCAGCGGGUACAAGUGUGAAGACUACAAGGAUCAGUGGCUGGAAAUUUAAUGAGAGCAAAUUCGAGCUUGAGCCAGAAUUUCACGCUGAGUCUAAAGAUGAUGUUGUGAAAACAGUUCAUUUUGGAGAUGAAACCAUCAUCGAUACGGACACCAACAUUGGGUUCAGUGAGUCGUCAAGCGGGUUAGGUGCCAUGGAGGGUUUAGUGGGAGAUCAUAGUGGUCUAAACAUGAGUGGAAUAGAAGAAGCUGUUGAGACCCUUAAUCAAGAGACAGUAGCAGAGAAGGCGAGUAGCAGGUAUGAUUGUUCUGUUACGAAGAGAGUCUGAUGGAGAGGCACAGAUGGUGCAAAAAAAUGAGAAUCUGAUGGAGGUUUUGAUCCAUGAGAAGGAACAGAACUUCAAGUUAAAGAUGGUGGUGGAGAAUAUCUACGCUAUGUCUUCUGAUGCAUCUAUUGAUUCUGCUGCUUAAACUGUUCAAAUUCUUUUACAUUGUUAUUGGGUACUGAUUGUGUAGAAGACGGGUAUUUGGUAUGUCAAGAUUCUGAUUUCUUGUGCAUAUAACUGAUAGUAUCAAUGAUACUAUGAUAGGGAGUUUUCGAACAUCAUUUGCAGUAAGAACUGGCUGUGCUUUUCUUUUCUUUCUUUUUUUUGUUUGUUCUGUUAUAGCAGCAGUAAAGUACAAAUUGGUCUUGGGACGUUGAUCUGCUUUUCAGUUUUUUCUCAGGCACAGCAUGAUUUUUUUGUCGAUUUCUAAUAAUUGAUGAAGAGGUGCAACAUGACCCUCUUAAGUCAAUAUCUUUUUUUUAAAGUUUGAUGCGGUGCUUUUAUGUGUUGCGUACUUGCAUCCUGAUGCUAUGCUUGA